CUUUCUCCAAAUGAUAAAUUGCUAAGAUGGCCCUAGACAAACAAGCUCCAGUCGGCCAAGAGCUGCGCAAGCGUCGAGCUCACACCAAAUCCAGACAAGGCUGUCGGAACUGCAAAAUCCGCCGUGUGAAAUGUGACGAAACCCGCCCCCAAUGCCAAAAAUGCAUGCAAUACGGCGUCAGCUGCAACUAUACAGCCCAAGCUCAAGGCCAAACCCCAGACCUACUAGCCUGGCAAACCGGGGAACCAAACAAACCCGAAAACAACAGAGCAAGACAGAUAGUAUUCAACGCAAAGCCAAUCCCCAAGAUGCUCCUACUUCCAAUUACAGUGGGAAAUGGCCCAGAUUCAUUCAUACUUGAUAUCGAGAGCCAGGCUCGACUAUAUCGCUUCCAGACGCGGACUCUGCCUACUAUUGGUACACCGAAGAUGUCAGCAUUAUACCAGAGGGUUAUUAUAGGAUUGGCAUUACCACACCCAUUCCUAAUGCACACAAUCUUAGGCAUAACAGCAACCCACGACCGCCUCUCCCUAACACUACCAUCAAAACUACCAUCAACAUCAACAUCACCGCCACCAAUAACCCACAAAGAAUCCCACCACCGCCAACAAGCAGCCAAAAACUUAAUAAAAAAGCUCUCCACGACAGUAAACCCCCAAGACCGCGACGCCCUCUGGGCCGCAGCAGCUUUACUGGGAGUAACAAGCCUAACCUCGAUCGAAUCAACAACACCACAAGAAACAUGGCCAUUGAAAAACCAAGAUAAACCGCCGGACCUGUCAGAUCUCCAAUGGAUGAACCUAACAAAAGGAAAAGAAGCAAUCUGGAAAGUGACGAAUCCCCUCCGCCCAGAUAGCGUCUUCCACAUCCUCAAAGAUGAAUAUCGGGACUUGACAGUUGAUCCGGGGAUAUGUGCUAUAUCAGAAUUGAAGGUUGAAUUUGUGGAUGUAUUCAACCUCGCAGAUCACGAUCAACCUCACGGUCCCAGUAUCGAUAUCAAUUCCACCGGAGAGAAUGAAAAUGGAACACACAAUCCUAACCCCUAUCUAAAAGCAAUAUCAAUCCUAACCCGUCUCCGCGGUCCCGAAUGCAGAAAUGGUUCUAUACCGCGGGACCUGGCGUUUAUUAGUUUUAUGGAGGGGUCGUUUAGGCGGUUGUUGCAGGUGAAAGACUUGCGCGCUUUGCUUCUUCUUGCAUACUGGUAUGCGCCGCUUUGUAGGGACGCGUGGUUUAUUGCUAGGAGGGCUUGGUUGGAGUGUCGGGCUAUUUGUUUGUACUUGGAGAUUGUUUGUGCGGAUGGGGAUGAGGAGGUUCUUGGGUUGGUUGGGUGGCCAAGGGAGAUGUGUGGGUUGGAUUAGGACUGAGAAUUGAGGUUUGGGUGCUUUCGUUUGUUUGGAUGAGAAUGGAAGGGAUGAUGUUGGUGAUAGUAUUGGUG